AUGGAAGUGGAGGCUAAAAUUCAAAUUUCUAUCGAUUAUUGCCUUCUGCUUCCAGCUCACAGCCAACGAGCUGUGCAAAAAACUUGUCUUCAAGAUAAAAAGCCUGGCGAACCGUAUGGGUUACAAGGGACCAAUCAUCUUCUUCCGGGAAAGGGCAAAAUUCAUUCUCGUUUGCCUGUAAAGUUAACAUUCUUUGUUCAGGUUCACAUGAAGAAAGAUAAAGUAUACGCUUGGUGUAGUUGUGGAUACAGCGGAAAUCAG